CAGAAUGGGUGUGCUUAGUUGCUUCACCGGUGAUAUUGAAGGGAAAUUAUACAAGGCUAAAAGCUUAUUUUUUAUCUCUAAAGCAUUGUUUAAGAUCACAGUGAUAGCGUCAGACCAGUGGUGUGUUGGUGUGGAUGUUUGUAGUUGUUGUGGGCGAUGCAAAGUGUUCUCUGUUGGAUGAGGAGGCAUCACAUCACAGAUAACUCUUGGCACACUUUCACCCAGAUAAAGCAGAACUAUCAUAAUCAACAGGAAACCAAAAGCACAAGAGCACACACACACACACACACACACACACACACACACACGAACACACACACUCGUUCUGUGGAUCUUGUGAACAGCUUGCAAUUUCAUUCUCACUUCACUUAAAAAUACCACUUUCAUACAGCUGGUGUAUAUAUAAACACAUGUUUUUGGGUUUACGUGUGUGUGUGUGUGUGUGUGUAAUGGGAGAUUGCGGGAGACCUUUUGAUUCAUCAGACCUUUUAUUGUUUGGGAUUUAAUUCAGUUUCAGCUACGUAUGAAUGUCUGACAUUUGCAUAAGCUUCCCAGCUAUGGAACAUGACACAUCACUUGCUCAUUUUCCCAUUACCAAUCACACUGAUAAUUUGACUGCUGAUAAAUAAAAAUGAAAGUAACAGGUUGUGACACUUUGGGAACUCCCAAAUUUAUCUUUCAGUAGCAGUGAUUUGAUGUAUUUUUUAUUUACGUUUCUACACUGAUUCCCAAAAAGCUCCUUGUAGUGUUCAACCACACUAUGUGACCAUUUUUUUAAAAAUAUACAUAGCGGUAGAUACUGUCAGCUGCUUUUUAUUGGAGAAAUGGUUCAUGAACCACAUGGAGAGAAAUGAGAGAACCACACAGGUGAUAAUGAGUAAAUAUGUGUCUUCCUGCUGUUAGCACGUGGAGACUGCGGACGCUCAUACUUGAGUCGUAAGAUUCAUUUCCAAGACAGAAUCUGACAGAAGGCCGUUAGAGCAGUUGGUAGGAUGAAGAUUGUCACAUGGUUCAUUUCCUCCCUCUCCGUUCUGCCACUGUAACAACUUCAAACCUCACUUCCUUAGCAGCCUUCCUUUAUCACAAUAUCUGUACCUCCAUCUCCAACUGACACUCACAUGUCUGCCAGCCUCUUGCCUCGUCUGCCUCUGUGUUCACAAAGGUGAACACAGGCCAUUCCCAACCAAACAUGACAGGGAAUUCCAGCAGCGGCAAGCUAGACAACGCCACACUGGCCUUCUUUCAAGAUGUAAACACCAGCAUCGGCAUCUCUAUCAUCUAUGUACUCGUCACUGCCAUUAACCUGUUCGGCAAUGUCCUGUCCAUGUGGCUGCUGAUCUUUCGUACCUCCCCCAAGACUCCCUCCAUCAUCUUCAUGAUUAAUCUCACCCUCACUGACUUGGCUCUUGGCACUGCCCUGCCCUUUCAGAUCUCCUACCUGCUCCAUGGAUAUAAUUGGAGUCUGGGGCCAAGGAUGUGCAGUUUCCUGACCUUGGUUUUCUACACCAACAUGUACUGUUCCAUCCUCACAAUGAUGGCCAUCAGUAUUGACCGCUACCUGGGCAUUGUCAGGCCGAUGCUGUUCAGAGAGACCAGAGAGAGGAAGUCCAUCGCCGUUGUCAGCUGCCUCCUGAUGUGGGGUUUGGUUCUGUGUGUUCUGUACCCGCUGAUGACCACAGACCUGACAUAUGUUGUCGAUGAACUCGAGAUAACCACGUGCUUCGACGUGCUGAAGCUCGACAUGCUCCCAUCCGUGUUAGCCUGGGCGACCUUCCUCUUCAGCAUGGUGUUCAUCCUCUUCCUCUUCCCCUUCUGUGUCACAACAUUCUGCUACAUCAAAGUCAUACGCAAGCUGGCCAGCGAUUCCAAGACAGUGCAGAAGGAGAGAGCGAUACGUCUGGCCUUCAUUGUCCUCCUGGUCUUCACGGUCUGCUUUGCCCCCAACAACAUCCUCUUGUUCACUCACGCUGUGCUCAGACUCUUCUAUAAGAAGUCUCUCUACAUGGCCUACAAACUGUCUCUCUGUUUCAGCUGCCUGAAUAGCUGUCUUGAUCCAUUCAUUUAUUACUUUGCUUCCAAGGAUUUUAGACAAAAGGUGAGACAGAUAUUGAAUCUGCAUAGCCUGAGUAGCGCAGACUCAGUGAAGCUGGAGCAUAAAGAAAGUUUGCACAAUGAGUUCGAAGGUCAGGACAGAGAGCACAACAACAUCUUUGAUUACAAAACGGCCACAUGAAGAGAGUUAGAAGGGGAAUGAAAGAGAAAAGACUUGAGAAAGGAAGUGUGUGGGAGAAAGUGUGUGUUGAAGGGUUGACCAAAGUGUGUCAAUCUCUUUUGCGACACCAUUUAUUGAGCCAAUUUCAACAUCCUUUCACACCACUUUGUUUUAUAAUAGUAUAUAGACAGCAGCUAAGUGUCUUAUUCUUGUGUGAUGUUGUGUUUUAAUUAAUGACAAAUACAUUUAACGCCAGUACAAUGUGAUAUCUUCCACAAGGCCCUCUUACAAAAUAUGUAGCAUUUACAAAUGUAAAGGAAAUGUGAAUUGAAUGUGCUUUUUUGUAUGCUUGUCUGCCAAAACAUAGAAGACCUGUUAACAUUUUCUUUGUGAUCUGUGUAUACAUGUCUGUAAAUGUGUCUGCACUGUCAUUAUGACUGUAUGUCUUUACCCUUUUAACUUGUUCUUAUUUUAACUUUCAUAUUUUUUGUAUUGUGAGAAUAAAUCCAUUAUUAUUGCAAUGAGUAGCCGCAGCUGUAUUAAGAAUAACAAUAGAAUAAAAUCAUGGCUUUGUACUUUG